AUGCAGCCCCGACUUUUGCUUCUCCUAGGGUCCAUCACGGCUUGCCUUGCUGUUUGGCCGCAACCUGCCGAGAUCCAGACUGGUAAUCGAGUGCUGUGGCUCGAUGCGGCCAUCCAUGCGACUCUUCGCUGCGAAGAGCAAACCAUUGAUCUCUAUGGCACUUCCAGCUCGCAGGGAAUUCAUCUGGCGAGUGUGCUCAAUGGCGCUCUUGGAUUAACACAAGGCCUGAUGGAUAAGCUCCAAUUCACUUUUGUGAACAGAAACAACAGUGCUGAGCACGGGUUCUCUGAGAGGUCAAUUGUGCAGAAUAGCGUGCGCGAGACGAUUCGAUCGAUCCAACAGUCCAGAUUCGUCCCCUGGAAGCUGUAUAGACGACAUUCAACUUUUGAACCUGAUCCACAUGGUCCGCGUCAUUACAUUUCUACACUGCAGAUUCAACAGAAGGAUUGUCCAGGACCAGAACCACUCCGUCCGCAAAGCUAUUUUGGAGGAGACGAAUCAUAUGUGAUUGAUAUCGACGACCACGGUAUCGCUUCUAUCAAGUCGAACUGCAGUAUUGGGACUAUUAGAGCCCUGCAAACUCUUAAACAGCUAUUUUUUGCACAUUCGACCAAAUCCGGCUCAUACACACCAUUUGCACCUUUGAGCAUAGCCGAUAGGGCUAGAUGGCGUCACCGUGGGUUGAGUAUCGACAUAGCAAGAAACCCUUUUGCCCCAAAAGACCUGAUACGCACAAUCGAUGCAAUGGCAAUGGCUAAGUUGAACAGACUGCACAUCCAUGCGACCGAUUCGCAGAGUUGGCCUCUCGAGAUACCUUCUCUCCCGGACCUGGCGCGAAAAGGGGCGUAUCAGCCUCAUCAUGUUUGGGGUGCCGACAGCCUUCGGGAGAUUCAGAUGUAUGGUGCAGAAAAGGGCGUUUCGGUCUUCAUUGAGAUUGACAUGCCCGGCCACACGGCAUCAGUGGCUUAUGCAUUUCCAAACUUGAUUGCAGCUUUCAACGAGCUAGAUUGGUCAACAUUUGCUGCCGAACCUUUGAGCGGGCAGCUUAAGCUCAAUUCCUCGGAUGUUCACAAAUUUGUGGCCACUGUCCUCGACGAUCUUCUGCCGCGAACACGACCAUAUACCUCUUUGUAUCAUAUCGGUGGCGACGAGUUGAACCUAGCGGCGUAUCUCCUCGAUGAGACCGUCCAGAGUGAUGAUCCGAGAGUGCUACAACCGUUACUUCAGAAGUUCAUUGACAAUGUCAUCGAGGCAAGCAUCCGCCAUGGCCUUCAGCCAAUUGUCUGGGAGGAGAUGCUUCUUGACUGGAACCUGACGCUACCUUCGGCCUUGGACAGUGCUCCGUCGAGGCAGACCUUAGUUCAAGUCUGGCGGAAUAGUGAGCGAAUCGAAGAAGUGCUGAAACGAGGUCAUCGAGCAAUAUUCGGAGACUACCAUUAUUGGUAUCUCGACUGUGGUUUUGGCGUCUUCCUCGACCCUUAUCCAUCGGGCAAGUCACCUCCUGGAGUUCCGUACAAUACAUCGGGCGGAUAUUCGAGCAGACUGCAAAAGCCGUACCUCGACUAUUGCAACCCGUAUCACAACUGGCGGCAGAUGUAUACUUAUAAUCCACUGGCGAAUAUUAGUGUCGAUCUGCAAGAGGGCAUUGAGGGAGGCGAGGUGUUAAUGUGGUCUGAGCAGACAGACUCGAGCGACCUUGAUUCAAAGCUGUGGCCUCGAGCUGCGGCUGCGGCAGAAGUGCUGUGGGCUGGAGUGAGGGACGAAUCCAUGCUCGAGAACGCCACCAGAAGACUAGGGGAAUGGAGAGAACGAGGGGUCAGAGAUUUGGGGCUCCGCAUGUCCCCAGUCACCAUGACAUGGUGUUUGAUGGAAGGUGGAUGCAACCUGUAG